AUGAUCGGAAUAUUUCGAAUUCGACAAGUAGCAAUCAUAGCCAUAGUGACAGUCUCAUUUAUAUUCAUCUAUAGCGCUUACAAUGUUCAUGACAACAAUGGCAAACCACUCGUCAAGGGAAAUACUAGGCCUGUCAAAAUUGCUACUAUGCCUCGUCCCGCAAAUAUUCCCAGCUUCACAGAACCAGAUCUUCCUUUCAAAGUGAUUGUGACUGGGCAAGAUGCUGAUAGAGAUGCAAGAAAGAAUGGAGAGAAGCCAUCUGCUGCAGGCGCUUUCAACUUAGAAGGACAAACAUGUCGGAUACCAAAACUGGAUAUCAAUGGUUCGGAAGUCAGAGACUUCUUUUUCAAGUCAAAGCCUCUUGACUGCUUAAAAAACCCUCAAAAUUGGCUUUUUAUCGAUGAUAGCAACAAUGUGCAGUAUAUAGAAAGCAGGAAGAACGCAAAGUGCCAAGGCUCAUAUGUCACAAGGAAAAGUGAUCAAACCAAUAUCUAUACUGCUUUUGACUCGUUGCCAGCCGGUAAUCCCAUGAAAUCUGAUUUUGCCGUUGUCAAGUGCAAGGACGGAGAGCAAAUAUGGAAUGGCAUACUGAUGAGUGUUGUGCGACGAAGUGAUCAAGAGUUACUCAACCAUGGCUCGGUGAAAAGUCCAGAUGGCUCUGGAUUGAACGUGUAUUUCUUGGGAUUUGAUUCGCUCAGUCAAAUGUCUUUCCGGCGAAAGUUGCCA